UGAUCGCACGUUAGCGCAAGGCUGCCGCCGUGUCCGGUCUUUCUCACCUUCACUUCGUGCACGGCCCACGUCCUGCUAGCCCGCUUAGCCUACUGCCAUUGUCGUAAUCUUCUCGUUGUCUUCGUCGCUACCUUGACCGCUAUUCAGCUACCAAGUGUCUGCUCAUUGCAACACCCGCGAGCCAAGUGCUGCAAGCCAUGCAGGCUACCGAGCACUUUCCCCCGCAUAUGCUUCCAGACUCGGAAUGGGAAGAGUUAGGACAUUGCGUACCCGGUCACUACAAGGUCACCACUCACUCACCGCCGUGCACAUGCAUGGUCUGCCAAUCACAAUAUCGCCUCUACGAAAAGCAGCGUUUUGACGAAUAUGCCUACACGAAGGCGAUCGAUAACCACGAUGCGCAAAGUCUGCUUUCCAAGUACGUCAAACAUAUGAAAGAAGAUCAAAAGUACAUGAAGGACAGUCUGCAGUGUUAUGGUGAUGCACUAUUGAACUGGUGGCGAACGCGACGCCCAAAUGGUAGAAAGGCAUUUCUCGAACAGGUGUCUCCGGAACUUCCCAAAUCCAAGGAAGCGCAAGUCGACUAUCAAUGCAAAAGGUUUAAAUUAGCAGAUGCCGGAUUUAUGAGCACACAACAUCUGUUAGAGACCAAGCGCGCGGACAGGAAACGAAACCGACAAGCGUUCCUAUUACCUUACUUGAACGUACCUACACUGGCGAAAGAUUCAUUCACACUGCUCGGUCUCCUCCAAGCCCGUACUAGCUCGCCAUUCGAGGACUGGGCAGUCUUCGACAACGACCAGCUAACGUUGAACUGGAACUGCGGCUUUCUAGAUGUCAACUUCAACCGAGGUUGUGUAAUACUCUACGGUCCAGAUUACGGGAAGCUCAAGAGGUGGAAUGCUGAUUUAGCUCAUCGGCGCGACGCCAUGGGAUUUCCCCGCGCUGAGCUUCUGCUUGAGGCACAAGCGACUCUCCUGCGAAUACUAAGGCAUAUCAUGACUAAGGCUCUCGAGCGCAUGAGCUCUAGCGCUACUAUACCUCAGGGCACCGAUCUGCUCACGCACUCGCUAUCAUCGGGCCGAACUUCGUCUCAGACUGAUGCGGCAUGGUCCAGCUACGUCCAUCAGCCGUCUUCUGCACCACCACGCCUCGAUUUCGCCGCCCUCACAUCAGAGGUACGCACCCGGCUUGACGAUAUUCACGAUCACUUAUGGCUGUUGCAGACCGAGCCGAUAUACCUACGUCGGUAUCUACGGCUCAUCGGUCAGGCCUCAUCAAUAGAUGCCCAUAGAAACACUGACUGGGGUGCUGAGAUACUGUUGGCUGAGGUCAAAGCGAUCGUCGACACUUACUGGUUCUGGCAAGGCGUAGCUGACGAGUUGGACAUUAUCACGUCGAUCUAUAACCGAUUCCGCGACCAGAUCGCUCCAGGCUCACCUUUGCCGGUCAAUUACGAGAAGGCUCUGGGGUCAUUGGAAGCCAUGCUGGCACAGGGUAUUGACCUGCGAGCACUGCAGCUUUCGGCACUCAAGCAUGAACGUCCAGCCUUCUCUGAUUUGUACGAAUACAUAUACGACCCCGCACAUAGAUCCACUUUGUCGUCUCUCAAGAAGACACCUGAUAUGCCUAGAAAGGAGGACGAGUACAAGACGCACCGCCUGUGGUGGUGUCUGGGCAACAUGCUUGGCGACUACGAUAUGCCUACGCGGGUGCCCUACCCCAUGUUGCUCGGCAUGCUGGACGAUCAUCUCCAGUCCUCCGACGCCAAAGAACGGAAGAAGAUGGAUGAGAUCAUGUACGAACGCUUCUCAGACUACGCCACGAUGCUCAAGCUUUUCGAGUCCCUCCGCUUCCAUCGUCCAAGCUACGCAAAAAGGGAUGCGGAAGACUGUAAGCUUACGGAAGAUCGCCUCGGAUGGAGACGUAUACGUCUGGCUGAUCCCAUUCUGGGUCCUGUUUCCAGGCUACUAGGCAGUCUCAGAACGUUACAGAGGACACAACCACCGGCCGGCGGCAAGACCCGGAAGUGGUUAGAGGCAUUCAACGCUGACCAUGCUGCCGCGCAAAAUUUCUGGCUGACAUUCUCUACGUCUUUUGAGAAAUGGCACGAACGGUGUAAGUUCAGCGUCGAAGACACGAGAGCCUCGGUGAAAGUGCUGGGGUUCUGGAAGAGCGAAGACUACGAGAAACUUCUCCAGGCGAAGCGAAAAGCUGUGCUUUCGGAUAUCGAGAAGCGCACCAACCGCGUUGGCGAUAGUGCAUUUCUACCUUUGCCGCUAUCUGCUCCCAACACAAUGGAAGUUGAUGCACACAAAGUCAAGGACAAAAUCAAGACGCACGGCGAAGUCAAAGCUGACACGCCGGCGCCUCCGCGCCCCGAGGACGUAGCGAGUUCAUCAAAGCUGAUUCCCGUGCCAAAACGUGCGCUCUCCAUAUUCCGCAGCAUGUUUCCGGACACCUUACAAGAGCGCUCCGCCGAGAUCGCUUGGCACGCGUUUGUGCUCAGUAUGACCGAUGCUGGCUUCUCUUCCCACAACGCCGGUGGCUCGAUCGUCAUCUUCGAGGAGAACGCUGGCCCUGGUAAGAUCAUCUUCCAUCGCCCGCAUCCAUCAUCGAAGGUCGAUCCGAUCAUGUUUCAGGGUAUGGGUCGUCGCAUGAACAAGCACUUUGGAUGGAACAGGGAGACGUUCGCUAUGGCUGCUAAGGUUGGCAAGGCUGGAGGAUAGAUGGUUUGAGUUCGGAGAGAUGAGGGGUUGGUGUAUCGGCUUUGCAAUAUGGAUUGAGAAGACAUGGAUAUUAGUGUCGCUGGGUUUCAGGUUCUCAAGACUUCCUGGAGAAUUGUUUGGCCGCUAAUCCGCUUCUAAGCGCUCUUUCACUAUAUUGAGUGGUGGAUAUGACAUGCUGCGUACAUU